CCCAUCUCACUCCAAGUUCUUCCCUCCCUCUCCGUACAUCUCUUCCAACCCAUCCUUGAGAAUGAACAGUUGUGGCUUUCCCUUCUUAGCCUAUUCAAGCUUCUCCCUUGUUCCAUUUCUCUGUUCGUUCUCUUCACAAUAAAGCUUUCAAAUGUUGAAGUUGCCAGAAAGAAUGCUUCCAAAUCUUUGAAGCCUCAGAUGAACUAUGCUCUGACCACCAUCACUACGAAGGCUGAAAUAGUUCUCUGAUCUCACUUCGACCAGUUUUUCUUCUGAUGACACUUGGCCUUGAGCAUUUAGCCCUUUGAAGGUUUCAAAAGAAUCUCCUUAACUUACUAUUCACUACUUGUAAGUCAUGUCAAAGUUUGUGAAGCUUGGAUACCACUACUUCAUGUCAUAUCUCAUGCCGUUGUCCCUCGUUCUUCUCGUUGGUCAUCUCUGGACACUCUUCAGGGGAGACUCUCAAGAGAUGUGGAGUCACCUUCUGACCAAAUUCCACACCAUAGUCUUCUGCUCUGCUCUCUUUGCUUGUGUACUCAUCAUUUACCACAUGGUCCGGCCAAGUCCUAUCUACUUGAUAAAUUUUUCUUGCUACAAGCCUGAUGACUCCUGCAAGUUUAGCCAUGAGGCCUUUGUGCAGAGGAGUAUUGUCUUAGGGACCUUCACCAAGGAGAACGUCGCAUUCCAGAAGAAGAUCCUCGAAAGGUCGGGGAUCGGUCAGUCGACAUAUUUCCCGGAGGCCGUCGCAAAGCUUCCCCCCGAUCUUCGAAUAUUUGAAGCAAGGAAGGAAGCAGAAAUGGUGAUAUUUGGAGCUGUAGAAGAUCUCCUAGCAAAAACUCAACUCGAGGCCAAGGAUAUAGAUAUCCUAGUGGUGAACUGUAGCCUGUUUAGUCCCACCCCUUCUCUUUCCACCAUGAUCAUAAACCAUUAUAAGCUAAGGGAGGAUGUCAUUAGCUAUAAUCUCGGUGGGAUGGGAUGCAGUGCUGGCCUCAUUUCCAUGGACCUUGCCAAGCAUCUUCUCAAGGUGCAUCCAAACUCGUAUGCGUUAGUAGUGAGCACAGAAAACCUCACCCUGAAUGGAUACUAUGGCAACACCCGCUCCAUGCUGGUCACCAAUUGCCUCUUCCGUGUCGGCGGCGCGGCGAUCCUUCUGUCGAACCGGAGAUCAGAUUGCAGCCGAGCCAAGUACAAGCUCACCCAUGCAAUCCGCACCCACAACGGCGCCGACGACAAUUCCUACAACUGUGUCCUCCAAGGGGAGGAUGACACCGGCAAGGUCGGUGUCGCCCUGUCGAAGGAUCUCAUGUCGGUAGCAGGGGAAGCACUCAAGUCUAAUAUUAUGACACUGGGGCCUAAAGUCCUCCCCAUUUCUGAGCAACUUCUCUUCCUUGCUACAUUGGUACGUCGAAAGCUCUUCAAGAUGAAGAUUGGAGCAUAUGUUCCUGAUUUCAAGCUUGCAUUCGAGCACUUCUGCAUCCAUGCCGGGGGGAGGGCGAUACUUGAUGAGCUAGAGAAGAGCCUUGGAUUGACUGGAUGGCACAUGGAGCCUUCAAGGAUGACACUCUAUAGGUUUGGUAACACUUCAAGCAGCACAUUGUGGUAUGAACUAGCUUACUCUGAGGCUAAAGGUAGGAUCAAGAAGGGUGAUAGGGUGUGGCAGAUUGCAUUCGGUUCUGGGUUCAAGUGCAAUAGUGUUGUUUGGAGAGCACUGAGGACCAUCAAGCCUACUAACAACUAUCCAUGGCUGGAUGAGAUUGAUGACUUCCCUGUGGAUGUGCCCAAAGUGACACCAAUUAAUGUAUGAUGUUCUGGUGCAAUCUAAAUUUCUAGCUAUAUUUUUUUCUUUUAAAAAAAAAGUCCUACAUUGCAUAUAUAGCAUGGGUUUGAUUAAAAAUAUAUGCUUUUGUUCAGGAUUAAAGUUGUUAUUUGUGAGUUUGUGGUGCAUCUUGCUGGAUGGUCAAAAGUUGAACUUUAGUGUAUGAUGGAGUUGAAGGUUAAUCUUGAAUGUGGUUGAGUUUUCUAUUAAAUGAAAAGGAUGGGUAGUUGUUGCA